CCCGACCGUGUCGCCGAUAUAAAACCCUCGACUCCUCCCUCUCUCUCUCUCUCUCUCCCUCUCUCUCUCUCUCUCCCAUUUCCAUUCGAGCGUUGCGACGCACCGCUCCCUCCCUCGUCCUCGACGCUUCUCGAUCCUUCUCCCGCUCUCCCGAUCCCCCUCUCGCGGUUCCGCGAUCCGGAGGCGAGCUAGGGUUUCGGCGCCGGGCCACGCUCGCCCCGAGAUCUCCUUCACCGAGCUGGUAAUGGCAACUUUUGAGCUGUAUCGAAGGUCCUCGAUUGGAAUGUGCUUGACAGAAACCCUAGAUGAGAUGGUGUCGAAUGGGACCCUUAGCCCAGAGCUUGCUAUCCAAGUCCUGGUGCAGUUUGAUAAGUCUAUGACAGAUGCUUUGGAAAACCAAGUGAAGACCAAAGUCUCUAUUAAGGGGCAUUUACACACAUACAGGUUCUGCGACAACGUAUGGACGUUCAUCUUGCAAGACGCGAUGUUCAAGAGCGACGAAAUGCAGGAGCAAGUCGGGCGAGUCAAGAUCGUGGCUUGCGACUCCAAACUGCUUACUCAGUAGACCUUCUUCGUGGCUUGUUUGGAUGCUCUCCUUCUGAGAAUAUCUUCAGAAGGAUGACUAAAACCUCUUUUUUUGUGUUGUGCUUGAGAACUCCAAACUCUUACUCCCACUCGCCCUGUUAUCAGUUCGUGUAAUUUGCGUAGUUAUUUGCAUAUUAGGAGUGUAUUAUAUCUAUCACCGCCAUUGUCGGUAAAGCUUUGAUUUGCUGGAAACAGGCCCAAUUUCUUUUUUUUUCCUUUUCCGAUCGAAAUAAGAUGUAUUCAAGUUUCCGCAAAA